CCCGAAGGGCGAUGAGGUCGGUGAGCUACGUGCAACGCGUGGCGCUGGAGUUCAGCGGGAGCCUCUUCCCGCACGCCAUUUGCCUCGGCGACGUGGACAACGACUCGUUAAAUGAACUGGUGGUGGGCGACACCAGCGGGAAGCUGUCGGUGUACAAGAACGAUGACCGCCGGCCAUGGCUCACCUGCUCCUGCCAGGGAAUGCUGACUUGUGUUGGGGUUGGAGAUGUGUGCAGCAAAGGGAAGAACCUGGUGGUGGCUGUGAGUGCCGAAGGCUGGCUUCACCUGUUUGACCUGACGCCUGCCAAAGCCCUGGAUGCUUCUGGGCACCACGAGAUGCUCUCGGGAGACGAGCAGCGCCCCGUCUUUAAGCAACACAUUCCGGCCAACACCAAAGUCAUGCUCAUCAGCGACAUCGAUGGAGAUGGGCUCUGCGAGCUGGUGGUCGGCUACACAGACCGCGUCGUGCGGGCUUUCCGUUGGGAAGAUCUGGGUGAGGGCACUGACCAUCUGAGUGGGCAGCUGGUCUCCCUCAAGAAAUGGAUGCUGGAAGGUCAGGUGGACAGUCUCUCUGUGACUCCAGGACCCCUGGGCAUUCCUGAACUGAUGGUAUCUCAGCCAGGCUGUGCUUAUGCAAUUCUUUUGUGCACGUGGACCCAGGACACGGAGUCCCCUCCUGCCUCUGAGGGGGCCACGGAGGGCAGCAGGGAGCCCCCUGCUGCCAGAGAUGUGGUACUGCACCAGACAUCUGGCCGUAUCCACAACAAGAAUGUAUCCACUCACCUGAUUGGUAACAUCAAACAAGGACACAGCUCUGAGAGCGGUGCCUCUGGCCUCUUUGCCCUCUGCACCCUGGAUGGGACACUGAAGCUUAUGCAGGAAGCAGAUAAGCUGCUGUGGUCGGUGCAGGUGGAUCACCAGCUUUUUGCCUUAGAGAAAUUAGAUGUCACGGGCAAUGGACGAGAAGAGGUAGUUGCCUGUGCCUGGGACGGACAGACCUAUAUUAUUGAUCACAACCGCACCGUGGUCCGCUUCCAAGUGGACGAGAAUGUGCGAGCCUUCUGUGCAGGCCUGUACGCCUGCAAAGACGGCCGCAACAGCCCCUGCCUGGUGUACGUGACGUUCAACCAGAAGAUCUACGUGUACUGGGAGGUGCAGCUGGAGCGGAUGGAGUCCACCAACCUGCUCAAGGUGCUGGAGGCGGAGCCGGAGUACCGAGACCUGCUGCAGGAGCUGGGCGUGGAUCCUGAUGACCUCCCCGCUGCCUGCACCUUGCUCCACCAAACCCUCUACCACCCGGACCAGCCACAGCGGGGCGUCCCCUCCAGUCCCCAGGAUCCCGUAGCUGGCUCGCUUGCUCCUUAGCUGAUGAGGGAACCUUCUGAGCCCCUCCCCCUCGAGGUACCUGUGGUCCUGGCAGGUAGAGACUGGAGCGCACAGAGGGACAAGGCUUGACUUGGGGCAUGGAAGGACAGAGCGACCCUCGGGUGGCUGUGCGUUUGCAGUCAUUUUGGUGAAAACAGAUGCGUCUUCCCUGCCCAGUUCCUUGUGCAUCGAUUGCCUUCGUCACACAGCUGGGUCAUAGGACCCCAGCCCUGUUCUAAAUCGGGACCACCCCUUGGCCCCCAGGCCCCACCCUCAUUGUGUAAAGAACAGACUGGUUUGUGAGGAGGGACACCACACUGUAUGCAUGGCGUCGGGCCUGGACUCCUGGGAGGAGGGUUGCUCGUCUGUCCCGGCACAGCUCCAGGGAUGGACAACAGCGACAACUAGUUCUUCAGCCACUUCUGUUUUGUUUCCGAGGGUUACCGGCCAGCUCGUAGCUCUGUUUCUAGGCGUCUUAAGAUGUUUUUCCUCAGUUUAUCAAAGGAAAUGGGGUCGGUGCUGGCUCACUCUGCCAAGCGCCGCAGACGCCCACUGCGUGGGGCCUGCCCUUGUUCCCAUGGCCCCAAAGCCCUUUCUUUCUAUCCUACAAUGGUCCUUGGACAUCUGAUGCGGGCUCACCGUCAGACGGCAGUCACACGUGUCUGGAGCGCUUCUGUCCUCUGGCUGUUGGCUCUCAGUCCACCACAGCAGGGUGCUCUACAUGUAGGCUGCUAGCUUCACGCGGGUCGGGACCAACAUUUUGUAAGCGAAUGAAAUACAAUAGAAUAAAGUAGAAUAGAACAUA